CUUCUACCCUCCACGCCCCCUCGCCCCAAAUCUUGCAAUCCCUCGCGAACCCUCUUUCUUCACCCCAGAAUUGUGCUCCCUUGGGCAGAUCUGAUCCCGAAAACGCAGACUCUUGACCUACCUGUGUCUCAUGAUUGCGCACCCUUCUCGUAUACCCGCUCCAGACCCGCUUAUACCAUCUAAGCUGCUCUCUACCCUUCGUCAGCCGAUCUUAAAGAAGACGACCUCACUCCUCGUUGCUGGCUUCUUCGGCCGGAGUGUGUGAUACCCAUAGCCCGUUCACUCAUUCUACACGUUCAUUUCCGAAGCUUCGCAUCGCCAGUGCCAAGCUUAGCCACUCCUUUGACAAUAUCUCGCUCGAUCCUUGCGCCUUGCUCUUACACACAGUUCUUCCGUCUUGCCUGAACCUUGUCUCGGACAUCUUGCUGCAGCCUCGGCGCACACGACAGAGAAAUCACAUCGACGGCGGCCUCCUUUCGCCGUCAACCUUAUUGGGGCAAUGGGGCCUUUCUCCCAACCGCAAUGGCCGACCUGGGCAUACUCGGGGCUCAGCGAUCCGUUCGCUACCUACCAGCAGCAAUUCUCAAAUUACCCAGCCUACCUCGCCGAGUCCAUGGACACGUAUCAGGCGCAUCACAACCGGCAUCUGGUGAACCACCACCAAUUGUCCAGGGCAACCGAGUCCAAGCCUCGCCUUUCCAAGGAGGAGGUGGAGGUCCUCGAGGCCGAGUUUCAGAAGAAUCACAAGCCGAGCAGCAACACGAAAAAGGCAUUGGCCGAGUCCAUGCGAGUCGAUAAUGCCCGCAUAAAUAACUGGUUCCAGAACAGACGAGCCCGCGAGAAGAAGGAAAACAACAUUCGAGAGUACGAAGCGAGGCAAAAGUUGGAGAAAGAAAAAGCAGAUGCCGAGUCCGGCCCUCAGACAGACAACAUCCGACAGCGCGAUCUCGUGGCUUCCAGUGCACCGUUCCCGGAACCCUCGACGAACUUCAAGGUCCACCUUGAUGCUGCCCUCUCGCCGUCGGCACAGUCUCUUCAGGAGACAGCCAGCGAGACCACAGAACAGAGCCAGGGCUCGCCCGCUUUCUUCUCAGGUCAGAGCAAGCCCGCUAGUCUUGUCAGGACCGACAGCGCCGAAUCAGACCAGGACGACGACGUCGCUUCUCUGGAGCUCUCGGAGAACGCAGAUAGCUACCUGGCCAUCUCCCAGGCCUGCGCCGGCGUCGCGAUACUCAAUUCGGAUCCUGCUGUGUUGAUGGAUAGUCAGCCUACCGCCCAAAACAUUGGCGAGUACCAGGACUUUAUGGGAGCCGAUUUCGAAACCUCCUGCUUCGCUUCCACCCAGUCCUUGGCUUGUGAUUCCACGGCCAAGUCACCGCAAGCGAUGGACAUUGCAUCCCGACGGAAUCGCAGGCCCGCACCCCUGGCGAUUACGGGAGGCCGGAGCUACUCUUCCUACGCCCCGAAGACUGCCGUAGAUAUGAGCGGCAAGAGAGGCGAUCGUGCCAGUCCUAUGCGCCGCGUUGCAUCUGCUUCUGGGUCCAGCCGGGUCAAGAAGCCCGUGUCCACUCCCCGGAGCCCCUUCUUUGACGGCAUAUUUCCCUCGCGACGAUCACCGAGCGCCGCCGGCCCGCAAGGCAGCGGUGCACCACCGACUCCAGACACACCCGUUGCCCUCAACCACCAGGGUGUGGUUGACGGUACCGCUUCAUACUCCUUAGACAACAAGUACCUGACCACAGACAUGCCCCUUCAAGACCCUACUUUGCGCACUCCGCCCACGACCCCGGGGUUCAUGGACAGCCUCUUCCCGAUCGGAUCUGGAUAUGACAUGAGCAUAUCAGAAGAGAGCCUUGUCUCUCCUGGCAUGGGCAGGCUUCCCAAUGGUUUCUCUGUUUCUGCUAUGCAGAGUGGGCUGCCUACUUAUAUCGGUGCUUCCAACAACGGCACAAGCCAAGUGCAGCCCAAUCCAUCGCUCCUCUCGUCGCAGAUCGGAUCGACAUACCUGAAUUUCCUCGGUACGGGCGUCGACUACACUUGGCCCGAAUCGUCUAUGCGGCCAUCCUCAGCAUCACAGCAACAGCAUGGAGGAUAUCUAAAUUUGGCACCCGCAGCCUUCAGUCGCGUCGAGAACUGAAAAGAACCCUGACGACAAAGUCUACGGAACGGCUGCCCGUUCAUUCCUUUGUGGAGACACUGUGUCUCACCGUGUAUGCUGGCACGUAAAUUUUGGCGCAUCUCAUGUACAACAGGCUCAGAGUCUCAAAACGUCGGAACGACACAGUCACCGUCACUGUACCACGAUCGCAUCAUCUGUGCGUCAAUGCAGCGCCAGCCCUGCAUCAAGAUCGGCGAUACCUCACCCCGGGCGGGAAACCGCACGUCAUGUAUUAAUGCAGUCCGAUGGGAGUGUACUUUUUAUUCUUUCUCUCGUUUCCCCCCCGUUCUCAAAACAUGUUUUCAGCCGUUGUUUCAUCGUUAGGCGCUUGGGGAGCAUUGGAAGGACGGAAUGAAUACCCAUGGGAUCAUGAGUGGGGCCCGAUGUACUGGACUUUGAUAGCCCAACACGGAUUUAGAUGGAAAGGAAGCAUGCGAUCUCUAUGCGUUGAGGAUGUACGGGAUGUAUUUCAUCAUGACGGGCUGGAUAUUGGCUCAGCUAGUCAGACACAAGCAACAAAAGGCGCCGAGCCUGAGACCCAA